GUGAACUAGCCGCCAAAUGAACACUUGUUGACAGAACCUCUCAUAAAUUGUUUAUUAUUUCGACAAGGGGACUGGGAAUUGCGUGGAUUGAAUGAGAAGAUGGUUUUCAAGUGCCAGGAGGACAGUUUCCUGAAGCAGUUCAAGACGAAAGUCGUCAGCAGCGAGUUUGCCACCUUGGAUUGGACGGAUUCCAGUGGAAAAGUCGAAAAACUGAAGGGCUUCAAUGUGAUCUGCGAGGAUACGAUAUUAUUUCCCGAGGGCGGUGGUCAGCCCUGCGAUUAUGGAACGCUGGGUGGAUUUCCCGUGAAGAAUGUCCAGAGGAAGGGCUCCACGGCUGUUCACUUUGUGGUGUCCUCUACGAGCUUUGAGCAGGAUGCCGAGGUCCUUCAGACACUGGACUACCAGAGGAGGCUGGAUCACAUGCAGCAGCACUCGGGACAGCACCUUAUCACCGCCCUGUUCGACAGGGAGUUCAAGUACGAUACCACCUCCUGGUCCCUGGGAUCCAGUGUCUCCUACAUCCAAUUGAGUACGCCCCAUUUGAUAAGUCGCGAAUCGCUGGACCUCAUCGAACGGCAGGCCAACGAACUGAUACGGGAGGGCCGUGAGGUUACGGUGGUACUGGUGGAUCCCGAGGUGGCCCAGGAGUUCCAAGAUGCCAGGGCCCCCAGGGGCUUGCCCAAGGAUCACGAGGGCCUGGCCAGGGUGGUGCGCAUCGAGGGCAUCGAGAGCAACAUGUGCUGCGGCACCCAUGUCACGAAUCUCUCACAGCUGCAGUGCAUCAAGCUGCUCUACGCCGAAAAGGUCAAGACCAAUAUCUUGGUUCACUUUGUCGUGGGCGAGAGGGUGCUUGGAAAGCUGGGUGAGGUCUUUCAGCGCGAACAGCAGCUCACCCAGGCCUUGAAAGGUGGUCCCGGCCAGCACUUGGAGCUUGUCCAGAAGCUGCAACAGAAUGUUAAGGGCAACCGGAAGUACUUUCAGCAGCUGCUUAAGGACUUUGCCACCGCCGAGGCCGAACGGCUGGAGGAUCUGCCGAAGAAGGAGCGUCCCAAGUACUUCGCCCUCCAUCGACGAGAUGGCAUCGAGGUGGACUUCAUCAACACAUUCUUGCGGGUGGCCCCCGAGGGUAUCUUCUACUUCCUGACCGUUUCCGAGGGCGUUGCCGCCGGCAGCAGUGCCAAGGGACAUCUGGUGCUGCGCGGAGAUCCGGAGAUUGUCGAGAAGCUCGGUCCCCAGUUCAUGGAACUCCUGGAGGGCAAGGGCAAUGGCAAGGAGGGCAGUUUCCAGGGCAAGAUUAACAAUCUUGCUGGACUGCAGGACUGCCAUGAGCUGCUGGAUGCGCAAUUCAAGCCAAAGAAGAUCGUUGAAGCCCCAAAGCCUGCAAAUGGAGCUCCGCUGGAGAUUGAAGAGUAAAUCAGCGCGGUAGCGACCCAUCCAAUAUACAAUAUUUGUAUGGUAUUAAAAUGAUAUUCGAGAA